ACCAAAGACUCUGAUAGAGUUUAGAUAGUAAUCUAUGGAGCAUUAUUGGACUUGGAAAAUUUUGUACACAGCAAUGAGAAUUGGCAAUUAAUGGAUAAGAUCAGCAAUACCAGCUUCAAGAAAGGCACCGUAAGACUAACCAAACUUUACGUUUUGGUUUCAAUUGCUACUGAAAAAUGCGAUUCUGGAAAUGUCGUAAGGGACAACAAAAUAACAGAAAAGGACCUGGAAACAUAUUUCAAGGCUAAUUCUCUAUUACAAUAUGGAAUUCUGGGAUAUGCGAAAUUUCCCCUUAAAGUAGUCCAUCUCUCCAGACGCACUGACGAAUUCAUCAUUGAGACAAGUACAUGUUCACUAUCUAAACUUCAACUUAUCAUCGCAAAUCAUUUUCCCUCGGAGUCUCCCAUCAAAUUCUCGACAAUUUUAAACUCGGAGAACAACUUUGCUUUCAAGGUACGAAAGAUCGACGUUAGUCUAGCCUCGAUCAUUCAUGGUGAUUUGAAAAUUGAGCCUCUUAAUGUAGAAUAAUAACUAGUUUCUGCUAUU